AUGCCUCCACAUAUACCGGCAAGAACAUUUAUAGAUGGUGAACUCGAUUUUUACAAUGUAGAUCGUCUUGGCGGAGUUUUACCUUUCUUAGUUCGGACAUUACGGCAAGACUUAAUCAACGUUCUUGGAGAAGACAACCCUUUUAUACAAAGUUUUGAGCCUAACUACAAUAGAGGCGGUGGAAUCGACACUGGGGUGAGUGACAUGGCCGGGGGUUCCCCCGGGCUGGCCACGUUGCCUCAAGUCAUAUCGUCCAUGGCGAGGUUCAUGCACCCACCUAUGCCCCUCAUGCCUAACAGGUGUAGAAAUAUAGUUCUAUUUUUUCCAUACUAUCGUUUAGAUUACUUAUAUUUCUAUCAUUGGUCUAGUAUGAACUACAGAACGGCAGGUGAAACAGCGCUCGCGCUCAAAGGCACCAGGUCCAUGAUGCCGGGGGCCGGCUCCAUUGACAGUAGAACCGCGUAUUUGAGACUUGUCGAUGGUUUACUCGCGCUUUAUCAUGGAACUGCUAUAAAAUUUUCUGAAAAGCUUUGUGAGCUUCGGGAUAAUCAGCUGGAUAUGGCAGACUGUCUCUAUGAUAUAGAACAGCGGAUAUUUACUGUGUCGAGUGAACUACAUGCUUUUGGAGUAGGUACCAACGGUGAGCUCACUGAGCAAGACAAAAGAAAACGAAAACUUACCGAAAACAUGUUGAAAGAGCUGGAAAGAUCUAAAAGUGUUUACGAGGAAAAGUUACAAGCGAGCUCGCUACAAAUGGCGUGGGUGAUUGGCGCCAGGUGGACGCCGCAGAGACAAAACGAACUUGCCAAGCAUUUUGCAGGAACACUCCACUCUCUACGUGUCGCCUCAGAUCUAGACUACGCUGUGCAUGUUCAUGCUGCUAGUAAAGAGAUAUUACCAGGAAAAAGUUCAAUACUUGGCGGUCAAAGCUACGUGUCGCUUCAAUUGGAAUACACUUCUAGUUCGGAUCAAAGCCCUCAAACCCCCACGUCGCGGGCGGCGACGCCCUGCGCUCUCUCCAAUACACAAGUUGGCAUUAACAUUGUCAACAGACCAGAAUUUGCAGAGUCACUAUUUGCUUUUGUACCAGAAUACCACGUGGAUGCUAUGUUAGAACUAUGCAAUACUUUAAGAUUGUAUAUGCAUCCAACAGUACCUGUUCAGCAAAUACCAGAUUGGGACGAACUAGUAGUGUCUUGCGCGUCCUUUCUUUGCGCGGAGUUCGCGGACCCUCGAAUUGUGCUGGCCAGUACUAGAGAGUCCCUUGUGCAGACUCUAGCUUCGUUCGCCACUCAACCAGCCACUAUGAGGGCUAUUGAACGAGUGCCAUUAAAACAACAAAUGUGCAUGGUAGAAGAAUUGGUGCGUCCAUACCAGAACCGAGCGUGGGCUCAGUCCAACUGGGUGCUGGUCCGCUUCUGGCACGGCUCGGGGUUCGGAUAUAGACAUCGACAGUGGCCACAUUUAGCCGCCAGGUACGGCGAUAGACAGCCAACUGUAAACAAUCUGGGAGCUAAAGUAGACGCUGGACUCAUGAGCCAAUGCUUUGGUCCAUGUCCUUCAGAAGUGAUACAAAGUCGGAUAAGAGAUUAUUUGCAAGCGCAUCCUAAAGAAGCAGCGUUAUUUCUGAACUCGUUGCUCAGCCAACUUAACUGGGCGUUCUCUGAGUUCUUCACUAUAAUGCAGGAGAUGGAUCGAGUCCAAAUAGACGCGCAUCUGGAACCUCGUCAGAUAAAGCUCUGCGCUACUUGCUUCGAUCUAUACCACGGGUUGGCGCGAGCUUUGGAAAUGACUCUCGCUCUCGUACCAGAAGUACUGACGAAAGCAGAGGCCAGUGACAAUCAGAAUGAACUUCUGUUGGGAAGAACGUGUCAGAUACUCAUGGCGGUUGUGUCUCGUGUGUGCGUGAAGGGCGGUGGUGGGGCAGGCUUUAGCAGACUGGUGUCCAGAGGCUUGCCGGAUACAGACAGAGUGCACUAUUACGUCGCCUUAGCUCCUGUGGCUGGAUGUCUGAUUAGACUUAUAGAUCCCAAGUUACCUGAUGAGCACGUAAAUAAAGUAACAAACUCACUGGUGUGCGAGCCGCUGUUCCGCCUCGACGGACUCGAGUUUAUGUUAGAAAAGGACAAACAUAAACAUUUCUCCUUCUACAAGUUCGCAGAAGACGUAACACUUGAAGAGCUUAAAGCUCUAGAAGCGGCAGUAGACCGGCUGCGAGUGGCCCGGGAUAACUUCGUGCGGGCGCAGUCCCCGGGCUCCAGUGGGGCGCAGUCCGACCUGCUCUGCACUAUAUGCUACGCACGUCCCGCUGACACUGCCUUCGUGCCAUGCGGACAUCAUUCUUGUAGAGCGUGCAUAAUGCAACAUCUCCUGAACAGUAAACAGUGUUUCUUUUGUAAAGCCGACGUAGACACUGUGAGGGAGAUUGAACCCGUCGCAACA